AGGGGGCAAAACGUCGCGUCUUCGCCACGGGAAUUUGCAUAUUUGCGAGGGUCCGAUCGUUCGCGUGCCAUCGUGCCGCAUUCCGUGCGCGUGCAUCUCCAGUUAUAUUUAAUCCACGGUGGGUGUAUUUUCGAAUCUACCUGUCUAAAAAUAACCGGAACGCGUUCCGUUGCAUUCCACCGCUGUAUUUAGAUCCUUGGUAGCGUAAUACCAAGUGUUGUUCGACCCGUGUAAAUACCUUCAUCUUAUUUUCGCGUUUACGUAUCCGGAUACGCUCGUAGUCGUCGUUCGAUAAAGAUUCUUCUAAUUAAGUUGCUGGAGCAGAAAGAAAAGCAGUCGAACGAAGGAGAGUAAACGCGAAUUUAGGACGGAAUAACCCUCGGUUAAUUAUUACGAGGAUUAAGACACUGUCGUUAGUACGAUGUAACACGCAAGCUUUUUUUCGCAUGCCAAUUCAAAACUAAUUGUAUCGUCAACAAACAUCGAAUUUAAUUCUGUCUGUCGCUAAAUACCGACAGUAGGCAGCACAAUAACGCAGAUACAGCCUCCGCGCGGUAAAAUCGUACCCUACCUGAAGAAGGGUUAAGGCGACGCACGGCAAAAGGGGGAGUAAAGAAGAAGAGCGCAGUGAAAUGAAAGGACGCAGGAGGAAGGAAGAAAAGCAAUAGGAGCGGAGCUGCCGCUAACAUAAAACGAACUAGAAACGUCCUCGAAGAAUGAAACGACGAGCAUCCAGUUCAUCCGCUACAACGUUUGCGUCGACGGACAUUUAACGAUAUCCCGUGUUUUCGUACGUCUGAAGCUCGCUUAACGUGGGACAAACAUUAUGAGGAACGUGCGUAUCGAUCGUCGAUGACAAACAUGAAGGCCUCGGUCUUGAUUUGUUGGACAUUCCUUUUGCAAUCGAUCUUGAUCGUUUCUGCGAGACACGCUGACAUUAAUCGGACAAACGAUAACCGAACGAAUGGAGGGCUGCAAGAAGUCAGGACCGAAGAAUCGCUAUCGAGAUUUAGUAAUUCUUCUUCGUGGAUGAUUAUAUCGAUCAGAAGCAAGAGGAGCGAAGAAAUUAUCGAAGAAACGAUACCAACGAGGCACUCGAAACACCGGAAACGACGUCGCUGUAGAAAUCGACCGACAUGUUUUCGGGGUACAUCCACGAAUCGAUUCUUUCCUCGAAGCAAUAGCACGGAGCAUAAAAUUAAGAACGAAGAUUACGACGUUACCGAAAUUAUCGAAGAGAAAGACGCGUACGAUGAGCACGUUCUUUCGGACGAGAUCGAGUUAGAAAAGGUAGAAGCAACAUCCAACACGAAGAGUCAGUCGAAAAAGAAUGAAAUCGGGGAGAACAUCGAUUACAAGGAGGAUGCAUACCCUUCGCCAUUUUAUGUCGAGGACCAAGUCGAGAUGCCUGAAAGUUUAGGCGCACUGUUAAGUAAAUUGUUCCAGAGUCUACGAAACGCUUCAACCACGAAGGGCCAGGAUAUCUUCAAGGAACUGAACUUCGUGAAUGCGACGAACGAGGAUCCUUGCCAGAAGUGGUUGAACAGUAAAGAAAAACUCGAGAAAGUGUCUUUAGGUGGUUUAAUCUCGCUACCUGCCUGUCCUUGCGAGUAUCCUAGCAACAUAUUUUACGAGGACAAGAUUUGGGACGAGAAGCAGAAGAAAUAUUUCAGAUGGCGAGACGUAAGCGGUAAUUCUCAGAGGCUGGACAUUUACAAACCAGGAGCUACUUACUGUAUACGUUCUUUGCUAACGCAAGGAAGCGGAAGUGCCGCGGCACAACACUGUUGCUACGAUCGCAGUAGGAAACUUUUGACCCGUGGUUCCGGUGCGGGUACUCCGAACUUUGUCAGUCCUGAAAUAUCGCCCAUACUGCACGAGAGAAUUGAUAUACUUCCUUGGAGAUUAUGCAAAGGGGACUUUUCCAGGUAUAACGGAGUGAGACCACCAAACAACGAUAACGGCUGCGAAGCGAAUCCUGACGACGAGGAAUACCAGCGACAAAUAGACGAUACUAAGCACUACUAGAUUUUAAGUGUAUUUGGAAACGAUUGCCAUAUUUCUUCUGACCCACAAUAAGACUGUAUUCACCGAAUUAUGUGUAGCUGCUGCUUAAGUGAUCUUCUUAUGACGCAAAGCAGCUGGCAAAAAUAAUAAAUGAGAAAAUAAUAUACA